AUGAUUUGUUCUCUUAGGAUUACCGCUGCUUUAGCUGUUGAACGAUUAAUUGCAAUAAAAUUCCCUUUAUGGUCAAAAAAUAUAUGCAGCGUUGUCAAUGCUCGUCGUAUUAUAUUUAUAAUACUUUUGUUUACAAUGCUUAUUCAAUCUUAUCAUUUGAUAAUAAAAGGACUUGAUUGUUCUCCCUCAUCAUCAUCAACAAAAGUUUGCCGCUGUAAAACAAUACGUCGUCAUACAUAUCUAAAAUUGGAUGUAAUUUUAACAGUCUAUGUUUGGCGACUUGCUUUAAUGACAUUAUUGCCAUCAGGAAUGAUCAUAAUCGCCAAUAUACUUAUUAUGAAUAAAUUAUUUCAUGAAAGUUCAUUAGUUGAUCAUACAAAUACAACUCUUAAUGCUCGACAUAAAACGAAAUUAGUUUAUAAAAUAUCUCGUAUGUUAGUUAUAGUGACAUCGGUUUAUCUUCUGUUACAUGUACCUGGUUCAAGUUUAGAUAUAAUUAAAUUUAUGUGCAUAUCUGUUUUAAGUAUAUGUAAUGUUAAAUGGCAAUAUUAUCUUCAUAUUAGCCAUGAGAUAUUUGAUUUAUUAACAAAUUUUAAUUAUGGCAUUAAUUUUUAUUUGUAUAUCAUUAGUGGUAAACAUAUACGCAAUGAAUUAGUUCGUGCUUUUAAAAAUUCAUCAUUGCGUUCAAAAUCUAGUGUCCAAAAUUGUAAAUAUCGUCGUUCAAGUUAUAAUGCAUCAUCUUACAUACUUUCAUCAAGAAAAAAUCAAGCACGGGAUUCAAAUGUGCCAUUAUCUGGACGCCGAACUGGUUCGCGUCAGCAACGACUUGCUUCUUGUGAAGAAAAUCAAUAA